AGCUCUAAGCGACUUGUAGCACACAAAACAAUAAUAUUGCAUCGACUUGCAUAAUUUUUCAAAAGUAAGCGCGCUAAACAGACACAAACUGACAUCGCAGUUUAGUCUAUUGUGCGCAGUUGUACGAUGCGCAAUUGAAAGUUAAACAAUUGCCCACUGGCCAAUUGAAAAAUUACAGUUUGAGAUUGUGCAAUUAGGAAAUUCGUUUAUAUUACUUUGCCAGCAACAACAAGAGUAAAUUCCAAGACAGAAACUAUAAAAUUUAGCAAACACCUCUCAGCUAUCUAUGGUGAGAUGCAGGCAAAGAAAAGCGAAGACAUGGCAGACAGCAAGGUUGAGGCGCAGGCUUACCUUGAUAAUCUACUAAACAAUGGUAGUCAAGAGGGCGACAGUGGAUCAGAGCUGGAGUUGCCGUCAUGGUACGAUGAGCAGCUAUUCAAACGCGGCCAGGCAUACUUUUCAAAAUACCGCUUUGUAAUGACCUCUGGUAUGCUAGCUGGUUUAAUUGCUGUAUUGGCUGUGCCCUCGAUUUUACGUGUGCUUGUAUGCACACGGCAAUCAUCAAAUUCGUUCACUGCUUACCGUCGUUAUGUGCGUACCACAUUUCACACUCAUGCCUGGUAUUAUUAUUCUAUAGAGGAUAGGAGCAGCAAGUUCUGGACAAGCAUUGCAGCUGUAAGAAAGGCACAUUCACGUUCUAGUCAUGUCUCUGGUCGUCGUGGUGCUGGUCAGAUUACACAGAAGGAUCUAGCGCUAACCCAAUUUGGUUUUAUUGGCUUCAUAACUGUUGGAGCUCAUCGUAUACAGCUUUACGAUCCUGAUUUCCUAGAGGCCACAUGUCAUAUGUGGCGUGUGAUAGGGUAUUUACUGGGCAUCAAAGAUGAGUACAACAUUUGCGGUCGUAAUUGGGCAGAGUCCCGCCCGCGCUUGGAGAUAGUCAUGCAUAAGGUUUAUAAACCGGCUUUGUCCAGCACAACUGACGAGUUUUAUCGCAUGACCGAAGCGCUUAUACAUGGACUUUGGCAUGUUAACACAAUGCUGUCUGUCAAGGCAAAUAUUUUCUUUACAAAGAGACUUGCCUACGUCAAGGGUUACGAGUAUUUUAGCUUUGAUCAUCUCGUGGGGGAGGAGCGGGAUCCCAAGCAAAAAUCAUGUUAUUAUGAUCUAGGUUUUUGGGAUCGGUUUAUCGUUAGUUAUGGCUUGUUUAUUGUUACAUAUUUGCACAAAUAUGCUUUUGUACGUUGGUAUUUUAAUUUCCGCGUUUGGCUCAUGGACUUGUUUACGUACUAUUUGCCAUAUGUAGCCAUUUGGAAGUUUGGGAUAAAAUGGGCUUAUGUGAGCAUAUUCAAGUCUGGUGGCAAGGCACUCGAGCUGGAAUUAACUAAGGACGAUUAAUUGAGUAAUAUAUUU